GUUAGAGCCCCCUCGAUCCAUUCAUCAACAUUGAGCUUUAUUUCUCGAUCGGAACCAGUACUGCUCCGACCUUCUGAGGAGAAACGACGAGAGCAACACCUUCCAUGGCUUCUCUCUUGCGUCUUUUCUGCGCUUUAUCCAUUGCCGCAGCCACUCUGAUAAAUUUUGUUGUUAUUGUCACAGCCACUGAAUUUAAAGUUGGUGAAACUCUGGGCUGGCGACUACCCAUCAACGACACUCAAGUUUAUAGCCAGUGGGCCGCAAACAACAGAUUCCGCGUUGGAGAUUCUCUCUAUUUUGAGUACGAGGAGGAUUCAGUUCUCGUAGUGAACAAAUGGGGGUACUAUCACUGCAAUACUAGCAAGCCAAUCGUUGCCUACAACAAUGGGAAGACGGUGAUCAAGCUCGACAGAACUGGGCCAUUCUACUUCAUCAGUGGGGCGCCGGAUCACUGCAAGGAUGGACAGAGAGUGGUCGUCAACGUGCUGGCUCUCCGCCCAUCUCCGCCAUCCCCACCGUCUGCCGCCCUUCCACCCCAAUCUCAUGCGGCUGACUCACCGUCACCAUCACCACUUGCAAGCUCAUCAUCAGGAUUCUCUGUCGCUCUUACAUCCAUUCCCAUAGUUGUGGCCCUCACCGCCAGUAUCUCGUCCUUGGCUUGGGUUAUUGCACCAUACCCUCCUCAUCUUAAUUAAUUAGAUAA